AUGAAAAAUAUUCGCAUUCAUCAACUUGAUGCAUUCUCAGCUCAAUUAUUUGGUGGCAAUCCAGGAGCGGUUGUAUUCGAUGCCGAUAAUCUAACGGACAAAGAUAUGAAGAACAUUGCUCGAGAAAUGAAUAUUUCUGAGACUGGUUAUGUUUUAACAAGUCAACGUGCCGAUUUUCGCUUGCGUUAUUUUACUCCUAGCGAUGCAGAAAUCACAUUUUGUGGUCACGUAACUUUAGCAACAUUGGCUAUGAUUGCUAGAGAGAAACGAUUUGGUGCUGAUCAGGGCAUCGUUAAACAAUACAACAUUGAAAUUAACGCUGGUUUAUUCAAAGGUGAAAUCGAUUGGAGUGGUAAUGAACCGAUUAUUUCUUUCUUUCCUCCCCCUAUUAAUCUUGAUCCUGUACCUUUCAAUCAUGCACAACUUGCUGAAGCACUAGCAAUUAAUUUAGAUAUUAUCGAUCAAUCCAAACCAAUCUUGAUCGAAAGAACGAAUCGCUAUGUUUAUUUUGCUAUUAAAUCAUUACAAGAACUAAAAGAGUUAAAUGUCAAUCAAGAGACUGCUAAAGCUUAUGCCGAACAACAUAAUAUUAUACUUUAUUGUGCAUCAACACCUCAUGGUGUAGAUGAAAACAACCAUGCACAUAGUAGGGUGUUUGCACCUUUAGUAGGAAUUGCAGAAGACCCAGUGACUGGAUCAUCUCAAGGUCCAUUGACUGCUUAUAUGGUUCAAAAUGGAAUGGUUCCACAAUCAUUAAGCAAAGUUAACACAGAACAAGGGGAUUUUGUAGGUAGACCUGGACGUGCAACUGUUUAUAUACUUGGAAGAGACCCUAUAGAGGUCAAAGUUUCCGGCCCUGCAUUCCAUGUAUUUUCUGCUGAUAUGCAGAUACCUUAA